AUGGAGCAAACUCUUUCAUCCGAAGGCGUACUCCUUGCGGGCUUACAACCUGCCUUAUACGAGCAGUUCAAAUCACCAGCAUUUCCCAUCCAACACGACCAACGAUCCAUUUAUAGCAGUGAACGUAGCCUGGGUAGCACGAUCAUCCUCCCAGGACGAAGCAGCAUUGGCAGCAGUGUCCGACGAACCAGCUAUCAGAUCUCCAUCUCAGAUCUCGCACCACUCGGUCCCAAUGAGUCGGUGACCAGAGUCAGCACCCGGAGCGACCCGUUUGACUUGGAGGUGCCCCCGAACGCGAUGCACAAGCGCAACUCCAGUGUUCUUCCUAGCGUCUAG